AUGGGUGGCAAGGAGAAGGAGAAGGGGGAGAAGGAUGAGGAGAAAGAGAACGAUUUAAGUAGCACAAGUGAUCAUUCCCAGUGGCUGCAAAGCUCAGAGCCAGUGGCCCACAGGUGGGGGCCACGGAGGCUUCUCGGGGUGCAGAGCAACCCGCGGGCCCCAGGCCCCUGGCCAAACCUGCUCUCGCGCCCCAGCUCGAGAGGGUCUUCCUGCACCUGGAAGCAGCCCCGCGUCGCAGUGACACCAGACGGGGUGUCGUGGUGGCUUCUUGGAGAUGCGACCCGGCACUUUGAGGGGAGGAGCUUCAUACUGGUGGGGGUGAAGAUGCUGCCAGAGGUGCCAGAGGCCCUCACCGAGCACUACUGGGGCCUGCAGGGGAAGCCCUUCCACCCAGCCCUCAUCAGCUACAUCAUCAGCCACGUGAGCUCCAGCCCCAUGGAAGCUCCAGGCCGUGGUCUGGAGAGACCCCAGCGUGGCCUGCCCCUCAAAGGCCUGGAAGGACACACCGAUUCAGCUGAGGCUGUCCUCACCAACAGGGAGGACUUCGGGGUCCGCAUCAGCAGGAACGUCAUCCACACCAGUGACUCCGUGGAGGGGGCCCAGAGGGACCAGGGCCAGCUGUGGUUCCAGGGCUGUGAGCUGGUGGACUGGAAAGCCACCAGAGAAGCAGCUAAGGCCACCAGAACAGUCUGGCUGCCCUCAGCCACCUCAACAGCCACUCAGGAUCAACUACCUCUGUCGUAA